GAUUGUUUAUAUCUCGCCUGUGGGAAGGAGGCCGGGGUGCGGCGCCUGCCGAUGUGGAGCGGAGGGAGGCGCGCUCGCUCGCUCGCUUCUGUGGGGCCGGGGGAGGAGGAGGGGAAGCGGCUCUGUGGCCGGACGGCUGAGAUUACCUCUCCAAACACGCCAUGGCACGCCGUAUGCGCAACAGCAGAGCCUGGCACUAUGUCCUGAGUGGGGUACGCCGUGAUGCAGACUCAAGGACAGUAGCAUUGCCCUCUGGAUCCCUUAGCUGGUCGUCUGAUUCUGAUGGGCAGCACAACGACUCUGAUUCAGAGCCAGAAUUUCCUUCUUUUUUGCCUUCCACACCCACAGCAAUCCCUGUAACUGGAGAGUCGUACUGUAACUGUGAAAACCAGAAUGAAGCUCCAUUCUGCUCUAAUGUGCACACUAUUCACCGGAUCAAAGACUGUCAGUGUGGAGAGGAGGAUGAAUAUUUUGACUGGGUAUGGGAUGACCUGAACAAAUCCACUGCAACAUUGCUGACCUGUGAUGACCGUAAGGUGAACUUCCACAUGGACUACAGCUGUGGCACUGCUGCAGUCCGGGGAAACAAGGAGCUAGCGGAAGGGCAACACUUCUGGGAAAUCAAGAUGACCUCACCCGUCUAUGGCACUGACAUGAUGGUGGGAAUUGGGACAUCAGAUGUGAAUCUGGACAAGUACCGCCACACGUUUUGUAGCUUGCUGGGCAAAGAUGCAGAUAGCUGGGGCCUCUCAUAUACAGGACUCCUCCACCACAAGGGAGACAGAACCAACUUCUCGACAAGGUUUGGCCAAGGCUCCAUUAUUGGAGUGCACCUGGACACCUGGCAUGGGACUCUGACCUUUUUCAAAAACAGGAAAUGCAUAGGAGUAGCUGCCACCAAACUUCAGAACAAGAGAUUCUACCCCAUGGUAUGCUCAACGGCCGCUAAGAGCAGCAUGAAAGUAAUCCGCUCUUGCGGCAGCCACACCUCCCUGCAGUACCUUUGCUGUUUCCGUCUCCGCCAGCUGCUUCCUGACUAUGUGGAUACACUCGAUGUGCUGCCCCUGCCCCCUGGACUGAAGCAAAUUCUGCACAACAAACUGGGCUGGGUGCUGAGCAUGAACUGUGGCUCGAUUCAGCCACCCUCUCCCACCUCAGGAAGUGAUUCAGAUAGCUCUUGCAGUUCAGAUGCUGAGGAAUGCCAGCGAAAGAGAUGCAGGAGGACAUAAAACUUUCUUUGAAGGCCAUGCCUUGAGGGAUGAGGGUUUUCCCUCAGUGUCUUUAUAACGGUGGUUCAAGCUGGCUCCUCAAUGAGGGCAAAGAUUCCCCCACUGUUUCUAGUGAAAUCUUGGAACUCAACAAGUGUUUCCUGCUUUGGAAGAGACCUACAUUCAGGAGGCAAGCCAUUACUGUAGUUUGAUUACCCCCGUUUGCCUCCUGUACGUAAACUACAGUUGCCAAGUUUUCUGGAAGAGUCUCUGAACCUUGAGACAUUCAGCAGCCAAACAGGACAAGGAACACUUUCCUCCCAACAACCAAAUGAAUGAGACUCAAUUUAUAAUGAAAACAGAGAAGCCAAUGUACUGUGUUGGUUGGCCACUUGCAAGUAAUGCCUCUGGGACACAGAAACAGCAAUCUUUAUCAAUAUAAAAAGGGCUCUUAAUCUCUUGUGUGUUUUUCAGUGCUUUGGCACAGACAGCUCUGGCACAAAAUUAACUUGCUAGACUGUCUCUGUAAGUGAACUCAUGUGAGCCUUGCAGCUUUAAUUGCUUUGCAUGUCUACCCGCUGCUUCUCCUGUAUUGAACUAUAUGAAAACUUAAUUAAAAUACAAGCUGCAUUGACUUACGAGGGUUGAA